AUCAAAAUUAAGCUAGCUGUACAGUGUGCUAGCAACAUAUGUGUACUACUGUACUGCUGCAAUCUUUUCUUUGCUAGCUAUGAUAAGUGCAUAUAUUCCUAUAAGUUACCUGUCUUGAUGUAGUGGGCAUUGUAACACCGUGAUAUUUGAUGAUCAUGUGUGGGGGCAUAUGCAGGUGAAAUAUAGGUAGGUAAGCUCGCUGAUAACAUCAUUGAGUCAUUGACCACCGUGAGUCCAAUGUAUACUGCAUGCAAGUACCGGCUAGCUAGCUUAAUAGAGAUCUAAGUCAGGAGCAAUAAGUUGCAGACAUGUGCCUUUGGGCCCUGGAGGGAGGCGAUCGAUUUACUUUGGGCCCAACUAUUAUAUUCCACCACGUUUUGUUUUUGCGCCAUGAAGUUUGUGUUUUGUGUGUGGUCCACACUCAACUCUCUUGAGAAAACCUUAGUUGGUGCUUGAUUUCGGAAAUAGUCUUAAAAAAGCUUUUGGAAAUAUGUUUGUACAGCAUGGACCAUAUAUAGGUACUUAUAUUGGAUUGACUAUACUCGAAAAAUCUCAUAUAUUAUAGCAUUAAUUAUGGACAACUGCAACAUGUACGUCAAAAACACAGUGGUUGUUUUAAGAGGUUAUGGUUGGAUAACUGCUAUAGAUGCUAGCCCCUCAAUAAAUAAAAGUAGCUUAUAAUAAAUUAUAUAUUUUUUUCACAUAUGACCUUGCAACAAUAGAUGAGUCUAACUACCACUACUAGUGAGCCGUCCUAAGGGUUUGUAGUCAUUACGACAUCAAACAACCACUAACUAUACACAUGGUUGCAUUACCUUUUGUGAGUAAAUACAUUUAGUUCAGAUAUACUUGGAUGUGCUUUGAAUUUAAAACUUAUUUUAAGAAAAAAAAAAGGUUGUUAGAGGUGUGUGCUAGUCACACAACUAGGUUUUAUGCCAAAACAUGUCAGAACUACCACCAUAUUCAAGUACUAUCAUGCUCUUACACGUCUAUAUUAUACGAAAGCGGGAACAUACAAGUGGUCAUAUAUUCCGCACACAUGCCAGAGGCAUAUACGUCAACAAACUCAGCCCCUCAAGUCCCUCACAUUAUUAACCCUUUACAUCGAUUUCUUCUUAAAGAUAGCAAGGGACAAAUGCUAGCUAGAAAACCAUAGGGCCACUGCACAAAUAAUUAAUAUUCCCUUUGAAUUGCCUUCUACAAUUAUCCCCCAAACCCGAACCCUUGGCCGCGUGAGCGAGCGCAACGGCGUCGCGGCUAUAAAUUGCCGCGUCCACUCUGCAUCUCUCACUCGCACGCACAGUCUCUCCCACCAACAAACACGUACGACUUUGAACGCAAAGUCUUGGCGCCACUCGAUCGAUCACUCUCUGCUCAUCAGGUGUUUGUGGAAAGUGCAGAGAUGGGGGAGAACGGUGUGGUGGCGAGCAAGCUGUGCUACCCGGCGGCGGCCAUGGAGGUGGUCGCCGCCGAGCUCGGCCACACGGCCGGCUCCAAGCUGUACGACGACGACGGCCGCCUCAAGCGCACCGGGACGAUGUGGACGGCGAGCGCGCACAUCAUCACGGCGGUGAUCGGCUCCGGCGUGCUGUCGCUGGGGUGGGCGAUCGCGCAGCUGGGUUGGGUGGCCGGCCCCGCCGUCAUGCUGCUCUUCUCGUUCGUCACCUACUACACCUCCGCGCUGCUCGCCGACUGCUACCGCUCCGGCGACGAGAGCACCGGCAAGCGCAACUACACCUACAUGGACGCCGUGAACGCCAACCUGAGUGGCAUCAAGGUCCAGGUCUGCGGGUUCCUGCAGUACGCCAACAUCGUCGGCGUCGCCAUCGGCUACACCAUUGCCGCCUCCAUUAGCAUGCUGGCGAUCAAGCGGGCGAACUGCUUCCACGUCGAGGGGCACGGCGACCCGUGCAACAUCUCGAGCACGCCGUACAUGAUCAUCUUCGGCGUGGCGGAGAUCUUCUUCUCGCAGAUCCCGGACUUCGACCAGAUCUCGUGGCUGUCCAUCCUCGCCGCCGUCAUGUCGUUCACCUACUCCACCAUCGGGCUCGGCCUCGGCGUCGUGCAGGUGGUGGCCAACGGCGGCGUCAAGGGGAGCCUCACCGGGAUCAGCAUCGGCGUGGUGACGCCCAUGGACAAGGUGUGGCGGAGCCUGCAGGCGUUCGGCGACAUCGCCUUCGCCUACUCCUACUCCCUCAUCCUCAUCGAGAUCCAGGACACCAUCCGGGCGCCGCCGCCGUCGGAGUCGAGGGUGAUGCGGCGCGCCACCGUGGUGAGCGUCGCCGUCACCACGCUCUUCUACAUGCUCUGCGGCUGCACGGGGUACGCGGCGUUCGGCGACGCCGCGCCGGGCAACCUCCUCACCGGGUUCGGCUUCUACGAGCCCUUCUGGCUCCUCGACGUUGCCAACGCCGCCAUCGUCGUCCACCUCGUCGGCGCCUACCAGGUCUACUGCCAGCCGCUGUUCGCCUUCGUCGAGAAGUGGGCGCAGCAGCGGUGGCCGAAAUCAUGGUACAUCACCAAGGAUAUCGACGUGCCGCUCUCCCUCUCCGGCGGCGGCGGCGGCGGCGGAAGGUGCUACAAGCUGAACCUGUUCAGGCUGACAUGGAGGUCGGCGUUCGUGGUGGCGACGACGGUGGUGUCGAUGCUGCUGCCGUUCUUCAACGACGUGGUGGGGUUCCUCGGCGCGGUGGGGUUCUGGCCGCUCACCGUCUACUUCCCGGUGGAGAUGUACAUCGUGCAGAAGAGGAUACCGAGGUGGAGCACGCGGUGGGUGUGCCUGCAGCUGCUCAGCCUCGCCUGCCUCGCCAUCACCGUCGCCUCCGCCGCCGGCUCCAUCGCCGGAAUCCUCUCCGACCUCAAGGUCUACAAGCCGUUCGCCACCACCUACUAAUUCAUCGAGCACCUCGCGUGCAUGCACAUACCGUACGUUAUUACGCGUGGUCGAGAUGAAGUACAGAUGAUUGUAUCCUAAUUAAUCAAUUAAUCAACCAAAAUUAAUUAACUAAUUACUAUUUAGUUAUUAUUGUCACACGUGUGGUGAAAAAAAAAGUGAAAAGAGGAAUUUGAGACAGGUUGCAUAGAGUGUUGUUUAUGCUAUUGUUGCUUGUAUACUGCCUGUAUUAAUUCCAACCGAUGCUACUAAUUUUGAUUGUUUCUGGUCCGUGUUAAUGUUAACCAAAAGGAGGUAGAAUGGUGUAUUUCCAAGUGAAGAGAUGUGUUUGUAAUUACAUAAUUAAAUGAGAAAUGCACUUUCUUAUGGCAAA